AUGGAUUCCCAUGAACAGAAGCUCUCGAAACCAUUCCGUUUUCUCGACCUCGCCCCCGAAUUACGGCACAAGAUCUACACAAUAUUGACAAGCUCCCCGCAACCUCACAUCGAUCUCUCCUCGACUUACAUGUCACCACACACACACUUUCCACAUGCCCUCCUCCUAACCUGCACACAAAUAUACCACGAACUCCGACCCCUCUACUUCACAAAUAACGCCUUCUCCUUAACCAUCUUACGCCGCAACGAAACCUGGUCCCACCUCCUCACACCACCGUUCCUCGACAACCGACGCCAAAUCCGCUCCUUACGCCUUCUGAUUGUGCGCUGGGGAACGAAAGAUUUCUUCUGUCGUUCUUUAAUUCCGGCUCUUGAAGACUGUAUCCUCAAUGGACGGCUGAGAGAGUUGGAAGUCGUGGUCCGGGAUCAGAGUGUCGGCGGCCAUUAUCUGGGAACCCAGAGAAAUGACAUCAGAAAGGAGUACGAGAGUUGGAGGAAGCUGAAAAGGGUCUUGAGGGAUCCGUAUUUGGAAAAGGCGACUUUGAAGGAAGGUCAAUUCGCAGUGGUGAGGAACGGUUGGGAUGCGGGGAGUGGUAAUGAUGUCAGUUAUUUGCUUGAAAAAUCUGGGGAUGAGCAGGAUGAGAAUUUGAUCCAGGUGAUCUGA